AUGAGACUCCCCUUUCGACUGCAGAACCUCAAGGAUAGGAGAGACGCAAAGAAGAAGUCAUCCGCCUCGUCAUCGGUCGACCUCAAGUCGUCGUCGUCGUCGUCGUCGUCACCACACGUCUACGGCUACGGUUACGCCGACGCAGACGGCUCCGACGCCGCCGCCGCCGACUCGCUCCGACGUUCGGCAGGUCCGCCACCGACAUAUCUCUCCGCACAGCUCGUCGGACAGCUCCCGCCAAAGGUGCUGCAGAGGAUAUUCGCAUUCGUGUGCCCGCACGCCUGCGAUGAGACGUAUGAGACGUGCGAGGAGAGCGCGUCCGACAGGUCCUGCAUGCUAUGUGACCUGAGGGACCUGGCACAUUGCGUACGCGUCAGCAGGCAGUGGAGGAGGAAUGCCAUACCGGUCCUAUACCACUCUAUCCGGAUCGACCCCGUACACUACUGCAGCCUGGAAGCUGUCCUGUCCGAGAAGCGGAAGAAGACGUCGCGCUUCGACCGCAACGGCGUCCCCGAAGACCCGGCGCAGGCCCGGCUGCGGCUGCUGCGGCGCACGGUGCGCGACGACCCGACGAGGCUGGGCAGCAUGGUCGAGUUCCUCAAGAUACCGUACAUGCUGCGCGAGUCGUCGCACGUGGAGCUGGCGCAGACGAUUGCCGUCCUGCCCAACCUGCACUACGUCGACCUGCCCGAGGGCAUGUUCUCGGACGAGCCGAACCUGGCGACGCUGCGGCUCGAGGUGCAGGCCCGCUGCCCGAGCAUGCGCAAGAUGACGUACGAGGGCGGCGCGGAGCAGAGCCUGCGCGCCCUGGCGACCGGCACCGUCUGGCCGCGGCUCGAGGUGCUCGAGCUCAACGGCGUCAGCCUCGACCCGCCCUCGAUGCGCCGCGUGCUGGCCGGCCUGGGGCACCUGCGCGCCCUCAAGGUGUCGGACACGUACGGCCUGUCGGACGAGGUGCUGGUGGCCGACGACGGGCAGCCGUCGCUGCCGCCGCUGCAGGAGCUCGUGCUCCGGGCCACGCCGCGCGUCACCGCCGCCGGCAUAACGUCGUACCUGUCCUGGGUCGAAACCCAGCAGGCCCUGCGCGUCCUCACCCUCGUCGACACCGGCGUCCACCCCGCCAGCCUGGCCGACGUGCUCGCCGUGGCGCCGGCCCUCCGCACCCUGGCCCUGCAGGCCACCGUGACGGAGCCCUUCCCGCAGGCGGCCGGCGCCAUCCCGGCCUCGUCCCGCAAGCUCGAGACGCUCCGGUUCGAGAUCUCGCCCGCCCCCGAGCUGGGCCCCUACGCCGCCGUCGACUCGAGCUACUACGGGUACCUGGCCGGGUCCAUCGUCGGCGGCGGCAUGCCCAACCUGCGCAGGCUGUACGUGCUCGACGAGACCAUGCCCGACCAGCUGCAGGGUCUGUCGCCGCCCAACGCCGCCUUCUCCGGUGGCGGUGGCGGUGGCGGUGGCGGUGGCGGCCCGCGCACCUCCCACUCCCGACCCGCCAGCUUCACGGCCUCGGGUCGGCAGCCACCCACGCUGCGUCUGUCGCCGGACGGCACGCCAUCCAGCCUAGCCCCCCCGGGACACCGGCAGCACGCGCACCCCCACCCCCCGCAGCCGCCGGUCCUGGCCCGACCGCAGUCGCCCGGCCUGCACGCCGAAGCGACGAAGCGGUUCAGCUCCAAGAACCCGUUCGCGGCGCACGGCGCGUCCUCGGCGCCCACGCACGCCCUGGAAGUCUUCAUCAAGGCCGAGGAGGCGGGCCAGUGGAACUUUACGAGCAUAUCGUCGGCGCGGAGCAGGGAGGUGGUCGAGGUGGCGUCGUCCAGGCCGUCGUCCUCGGCCGGGAACGUCCGGCCCCCCCGCCCCGUCAGCAGCUUCGGGCUGGGCGCCGACAUCGCAGGCCAGGGGUGGGAGAAUGGCGAGGCGAGGCGGAGCGUCAUGGUGGGGAGCGGGUCGGGCCCGUUCCUCGCCGUGGCGCACGACGACGCCGUCGACGGUCCCGACGCGGGCGACGACGCCAGGAGCUUCCGGGGAGGGGGCAUGCUAUCUCCCAGGUACGGGAGUCCGCCUGGAGGCAACAGGGCUUCCAGCGAAUCCUGGAGACCGAAGAGUAGUGGGGGGGCGUCGACGAGGGAUCUGUGGAGGUGA